CAACCCACUUCCUUAUUUCUCACGCAGUUUGUCUCCAGUUCUCCCUCGGAAGAGUCGAAAUGUCUGUCUUUGCGUUGUUGUCACCAACCACCUGGACUUUGCUGGCUCUCUUUGUCACGCUGUUAUUUCUGUACAGCAUUUGGCCCUUUGGAUUUUUCAAAAAGCUGGGAAUACCUGGACCAAGGCCUUUGCCUUUUCUUGGAACACUUCUUCACUUUAGAAAGGGGAUUGAUAAUUUUGACCGUGAGUGCCAAGCCAAGUACGGAGAUGUCUGGGGGUUAUUUGAUGGACGGCAACCAAUUUUAAUGGUGGCAGACCCUGAGAUCAUCAAAAAUGUGAUGGUGAAGGAGUGCUACUCUGUGUUUACCAACCGCAGGGAUAAUCCAAUGGCAGGACCUCUGGAAGAUGCAAUCACAUCAGUUAAAGAUGAAAAGUGGAAAAGAAUUCGCAGCACUUUAUCUCCGUGCUUCACCAGUGGACGGCUGAAACAGGUUUUUCCCAUCGUUGCUCGCUACGCAGACCGACUCGUUGAGAAACUUGGACAGCAGAAUUUGGAUGAGCCCAUUGACAUCAAACAAUUUUUGGGGCCUUACAGUUUAGACACCGUGACUAGCGCGUCUUUCGGUGUUGAGGCCAACUCCAUCAGCGAUCCAGAUGACCCCCUUGUUGUGCAUCUCAAGAAGGUUCUCAAUUUAAGAUUUUGGCCGCUCUUUUUAAUAAUGUUGUUUCCCUUUGGUGCCCGUCUGGUAAAACUCCUGAAUAUUGAAAUGAUGCCCAGAGCCAGUGUGGAAAUUUUCUACAACAUCAUCAAAAGAUUUAAAGACCAGCAUUGUGCAGAGGACUCUAGUCGGGCAGACUUCCUGCAGGUGAUGAUUCAGAGCGAGAUACCAGAGACAGACAUAAAGAGUGAACGUGAACAGCCGAGUAAAGGUUUGACUGAUCACGAGAUCCUCUCCCAGGCCUUCAUCUUCAUCUUCGGAGGCUAUGAGACCACCAGUGUCACUCUCACUUACAUCUUUUACAAUCUGGCCACCAACCCAGAGGCGUUGGAGACCUUGCAGAAGGAAAUUGACACCAGCCUCCCGAAAGAUGCUCCAGUUUCAUACAAGGAUCUGCUCAACCUGCAUUACCUGGACCAGGUUAUUAAUGAGUCACUGCGUUUGAUCCCCACUGCACCUCGGCUUGAAAGGGUUUGCAAAAAAACUGUCCAGGUCCAGGGCGUCACCAUUCCUGAAAAAACCCUGGUUGUGGUUCCUGUGUGCACAUUACACAAGGACCCACGCUAUUGGAGCUCACCUGAGCUUUUCAGACCAGAGAGGUUCAGUAAAGACAGCGGGGAGGAGGUGAACCCGUACGUGUACAUGCCGUUUGGGCUCGGUCCUCGUAACUGCAUUGGGAUGCGCUACGCUCUCCUCACCAUGAAAAUGGUCGUUGUCUGUCUCCUGCAGCGUUACACUCUGGAAACAUGCAAAGACACCGUGAUUCCUCUAGAGUUUGACUGGAAGUUCCAGCCGAUCAAACCGGUAAAACUCAAGUUUGUUCCCCGACAGCACUAGUCGUCUGAGAGGGAAGAUCUCUGCGUACGGCUCUGCCUCUGAAUUCCCAUCAAACUCAUUAUUUUGUAGUUGUUGUUUGAAUGUGUGGCAGCUGCUGCAGGAUGCCAUGUAUACUUUUGUACGUCAGUGGUUAGUACUGCUGAAAGUCAUGUAUCAGCAAUGCACAAUUAGCACUUAAUUUGAUGAAUUCAAUGUAUUUUAUUCACUUUUCCAUUAAUUGAUAUGUUUCUUUGAAUGUUCAAUUUAACUGUCUUGAUGUUUAAAAAGCACAAAACGUGUAACUUUUAUCUUCUUAUAGUACAGUACAUGAAUUUAUGUGCUUAUUGCUCACCUCCAAUGUGUUUUCAUAUAUGUAAUGGACAAUUCAUUGUCCUGCACAGUACCUGCAUAAUUCCUACAGUCCUCCAUCACAAGUGAAACAUAUUCCCAGGAAGCCUGUUUUUGUAAAGAGCAUACUAGAGAAUGUACAAUAAAUUGAUCCAGAUAUCCA